AUGGGUGGGGUUGGCAAGACAACCCUCGCUCGAAUGCUUUACAAUGACCAUAAGGUGGAAGAACAUUUUACACUUAAAGCGUGGGCUUGUGUUUCAGAAGACUAUGAUGCUAUUAGGGUAACUAAAACUCUUCUUGAGUCAGUCACCUUAAAGCCUUGUAAAACGACAGAUCUGAAUUUACUUCAAGUUCAACUAAGAGAACAACUUAAGGGAAGCAAAUUUUUAUUUGUGUUGGAUGACAUAUGGAAUGAGAAAUAUACUGAUUGGAAGUGCCUCCAAACUCCUUUCACUUCAGGGGCAAGGGGGAGUAAAGUCAUUGUAACAACAAGGAACAAAAAUAUAGCGUCAUCCAUGCAAAAUGUUCCUAUUCAAUCCCUGGAACCAUUAUCCCAUGAAGAUUGCUGGUUGUUACUUGCAAAACAUGCUUUUGGAAAUGAAAACUCUAGUGCACAUCCAAACUUGGAAGAAAUUGGCAAGCAAAUUGCACGCAAGUGCAAAGGGUUGCCUUUAGCUGCACAAACACUUGGCGGUGUGUUACGGUGCAAACUAGAUUUCGAGGCAUGGAACAGAGUAUUAAAUAGCAGCAUUUGGGAGUUACCUUACGAGAAAAGUGAUAUUCUUCCUGCUCUAGGAUUGAGUUACCAUUAUCUUCCAGCCAAGUUAAAACGAUGCUUUCUUUAUUGUUCAAUUUUUCCAAAGGACUAUGAAUUCAAUAUAGAAGAUGUGGCUUUUCUUUGGAUGGGAGAAGGUUUAAUUCACCAAGCUGAGGAUGGAAAAAGCCUCGAAGAGGUUGCUUGA